ACAACUCCCAGUCACCCACAGCGAGCGGGUUUUCCACCCCAACAUGCACUUCGGCUCUGAGACGAUGAGGCAAGAUGGCGACUAAAAUAAGCAAAGAGAGUCCCCCUCCUUUUGAUUGUCCGACAUGGGCAGGAAAGCCUCCUCCGGGGCUCCAUCUAGACGUGAUGAAAGGAGACAAACUGAUGGAGAAACUGAUCAUAGAUGAAAAGAAGUACUACCUGUUUGGCAGGAACCCCGACUGGUGCGACUUCACCAUCGACCAUCAGUCGUGCUCGCGAGUCCACGCUGCCCUGGUUUACCACAAACAUCUGAAAAGGGUCUUUCUCAUAGACCUCAACAGCACACAUGGUACUUUUCUCGGACACAUCCGUCUGGAGGCGCACAAGCCUCAGCAGGUUCCCAUAGACUCUACAAUAUCUUUCGGGGCCUCGACACGGACCUAUACCAUCAGAGAGAAACCACAAACCCAAGGCACCGCCGGCACAGGAGACAGUAAGACGGGGGAUGACGAAGAGCUGAAAGGACUGCUCGGGCUUCCAGAGGAAGAGACAGAGCUGGAGAACCUGACGGAGUUCAACACAGCUCACAACAAGCGCAUUUCCCUACUGACUAUUGAAGAGGGCAACCUGGAAAUCCAGAGGCCUAAGAGGAAACGGAGGAACUCCAGGGUUACCUUCAAUGAGGAGGACUCCAUCAUUAACCCAGAGGAUAUAGACCCUUCGGUGGGACGCUUUAGAAAUAUGGUGCAGACUGCUGUCAUCCCCAUGAAGAAACGCAGAUCAGAGGGCCAAAAUACUCUCGGUCUUGAUGACAUAACUUCCAAACGUAUCCACGCCUACAGCUUAGGCGGUGGUCUCUAUGGGGACUUGCCUCCCACCAGUCAUGAGAACCAGCCGACAGGAGCACCAGGAGGUGCUGCUAUGCAGGGAGGGCUUCCUCUGCCUUUCCCCAAUCCAGCACCAGAGGUGGACCUGGCCCCAGAGGCUCCCCAGCCUCCUGUCACCCUCAACCCCACUCCUGUUACAGCCCCUUACCUACCAGAGACCCACAACGAGCCACGCAAAAAGAAGUAUGCCAAAGAGGCUUGGCCGGGCAAGAAACCCACCCCGUCACUACUCAUCUGAUCAGUUUCUGAAAGCUGCUGACUCUCAGGUUACCAGCAGACGCAUCAGGGACUGUGACCUGGCUGACGUGGAGUCAUUCUCUAAUUUUCUUUUUUAUUUGUCGUGUUUACUCAUGGUCAUCACAAAAAGACUGCGUGGUCUGUCGUAAGAUAUCAUCGACAUUACUAAAUCAGCAGUUUAUAAUUGUCCAGAAAACAGCAGAAUGUUGUGGACUGACAGCGAUUAUAACAGACUUGGCAGUGAGUGUUUGAGCCUCAGAGUGGCAGUUAGAUACGUUUGUCUGUGAGUGAAAGUCUACGUGGAUAUGAUGAGCCAUCGAGUUCUGUUUUUUUGACGUGUGUAAAGUUGGGAUUUUUUUUUUUUCCUUUUUCUACUAAACAAGUUCCGACAUUUUUUUCACUCCUUUAAUAUUUUGAUAAUGCUGUUAAAACAAAUUGCAAAACACAUACUUUUUAUAUAAGAAAAUUUUACUGUGAGAAGUCAGGUAAGUUGGAGAAUCCAGACAUGAAGUCAGUUUCUAUCAAAACACAGGGCUGCUUUUUAUUUUGAAAAUGACUGAUAGAAUGUGCUUUGCUCACUGAAACAUUUCCAUUACAUAUAUUAGACCAAUGUAACAUCAAUUGAAGUGUCUUGUAUUUGUCAUAUAAACCACUAGAUGUUGACUGCACAAAGGUCAGAGUUUUCAUUGAGGUUUAGCUGCAGGCUUGCAGGUACCAUUGUUUAUGGCCUGUCCUACUAAACGUAGUCUUGUCUAAAAUCUGUGACGUCCCAUCAAAGUGGCAUUGGCUUUUUCCGUUAUAACAAGGUUUAAACAGUCCAUUAGCCGUUUUACAGUUUUCUUAAUUGGAAUGUUAAAUUAGUAACAAUAUAGGAGAAUUGCAAUGGCAGCGCGGUAACAAACACCAACUUUAACAGGUUUGGAUUUAGUCUGGUCAAGGAGCAUGUUAAUGUCCUUCACGUGCAUCACAGUACAGAGGAGUUUAUACAGUAUACUGUAUAUUUAGUUUGCCCUGAACUGACUCGAGUCAUAGGAACUGUGACUUUGCACAGCAUCAGAAAUCGGUUUACGCAGAGUGUACUCUGGGUUUGAGAUCAAAAACGCACAUGGUGUUUGACGUUUACACACUGUGCUGGUGACUUUUUGUCCUUGUGGGUGUGUGGAUUUUGUAAUCAUAUGACUGUAAAUAAAAAAUGAAUUACUUUUGACUCAUAA